AUGGGUAAUCCAUCCUGGAACUUUGCUUACAUGAGAGAAUGCAUGCGAGUGUGGAUAACUGUGGCUCGUCAGAGAUAUGGAGUGCAUGUGGAUGAGAAAAGGCCUGAGAAGUGCUCUGCUGAGUUGAAAGCUGCCAUAGAGAAAAUUGCUGCCCGUGUUGAGACGCAUCAUAUUCCUAUGCUAGAAGCGGCUUUGCAGACAAGAGCUACUGAGUUGACCAACAUUAAGCAAAGAAAUGUUGAUAUUUUGGUGGACAGUGGAGCAACUAUCUCCACAGUAAAAUCUUCUGAGCAUGUUUGCACUCUGACCUCUAGAUUUAUCACAACAGUCGGAGUCUCUGGCAUUCCUAAUGAAGAGCCAUUAUCACAUCAAAGCCGAGAUAAGCGUAGAAGGCACAAAUCUCCCAUUGUGACUGACACUAAUUCGAUUUUAGCUUUGUUACCAUCCAAUUCAACACACUACACAGUCAUUGAUCUAUGUUCAGCUUUUUUCUCUAUACCAUUGCAUCCAGAUAGCCAGUAUCUGUUUGCAUUCACGUUCAAAGGCAAACAGUAUACAUGGCGGCGUUUGCCACAGGGUUAUGUUGAGAGUCCAACAGUUUACGCAGCAGCGGUAAAAAGAGACCUUGAUGACCUCCACUUCCCAGGGGGUUCAACACUUCUGCAGUACGCAGAUGAUCUUUUGAUAGCCUCUCCAUCAGAGGAAGCUUGUCGAACUGAUUCAAUCUUGCUCCUGCAGAGGUUGGCUGAGUGUGGACAUAGAGCAUCACUGCCCAAACUGCAAUUUUGCCGAUCUGAGAUCACAUAUUUGGGUCACCUCCUGAAGGAUGGACAGCGCCUCCUAUCACCAGAAAGGGUGAAACUGCUGGUCAACAUGCCUCCUCCCAGAACUAAGAAGGGCAUGCUUUCAUUCUUAGAGAUGGCGAACUAUUGCAGACACUGGAUUUAUGAGUAUGCGGCUAUGGACUCUGUAUUGCGAGCAGCCACACUGCAGUCAGCUCCCACUGCAGUUCAAUGGACUGAUGACAUGCAAAAAGCUUUUCAGAACUUAAAGCAUGCUCUCACCAUGGCUCCAGCAUUAGGAUUGCCAGACUAUCAUCAGCCGUUCCAUCUACACGUACAUGAGAGAGAAGGCUUUGCUACAGGCAUUCUAGUACAAAAACAUGGGUCUCACUACCGUCCUGUAGCGUACUAUUCAUCUCGACUGACCCCUGUAGUCCUUGGUAUGCCGGGUUGCCUGAGAGCGGUGGCUGCAGUUGCUAUUCUGCUUGAUAAGUCCGCUCCCAUUGUACUGGCUCAUGACUGUGUCGUGCACGUUCCGCAUGCAGUGGAAAGGACCGUACCAGGUGCUGCUGACAACCAGGACAGCUUUAAAGGUCGAAGGAAAGGCAGAAUGGAUUCAUGCCACAAGGUGCAGACUUGCCCCCCCAGCUGCCGGAGAGGAUGUGCAGGUGGACUGGGCCAAGUUACAGGUCUGAAAGUUUCAGGAGAUGGAGAGCAGGGAGGCUUCUCUGCUCAUGAUACAGUCGUAGUUACAGAGUCCUCAAAGAGGGGGUGCCCUCUGCGGGAGAGCCCUGGAGAAACAAACCAGGAACUUGCAUCUUUAUCUAAAGUCUUAGAAAGUCACCUGAAUGCCUCCAGUAGAGCUAUGUUGGCUGAACAUAAGGAGUUACAGGAAGUCAAAACAGUAGUUCUGCAGAACAGGAUGGCUCUUGACCUCCUGCUUGCAUCACAAGGUGGCACCUGUAUCUUCGGGCCAUGGGGGUCCAACCUGAUCAAGCUUUUGACUACACUGCUGGUCAUCAUUCUCCUCCUCAUCCUCCUCUGUGCCUGUAUGAGUUGGCUGAUUAAGCUGAUGGUGAAGAAGACCACUAAAUCCGUCAUUCAAGCACCCCAGGGACAUUAA